AUGCUGUCUCGCACGUCAAGGGGCCUCAGGCCUAUUACUCGACAGUGUAGAUGCGUAUCAACCUCAAGUCAAGCAUCUGCUGCGCCAGUAGAGAGACUCGUUAUCCUUCCUGACAUGCCUAAUGUUCUUGCCCGCCGCGUCGAAAUAAGGCCUCGCCAUUCUCCAAACUUCCUGAGGUUACAUAACGAGGGUUAUGUCUCGUGGGCUGGACCAAUCUUCGAGAAACAUAUCGAUGCGGAUAUCACUAAGCGACCUUUCAAAGGUUCCGUCAUGGUUGUGAACGAGCAAAGUUGGGAUGGGUUUAUGGAAAAGGUGCAAACAGAUAUGUAUAUCAAGGAGCGUAUCUGGGAUUUGGAAAAGACCAAGUUCAUUCCAUUUCGCACUCUUGCGCUAUUCCGUUAG